AUGGGUUAUAUGGCGGUCUUCGAAGGCCAGCUUUCGUCACAUGGCCCGUAUCCUGUGGUCGAGCUUCACGCUUUGGCCGUCGGUAUGUUCAAGGUCGCCAAUGACAAUACUGUUCCUGCAGCGAACCGAAUGCUAGCCCGCCAGUUUGCUCUGCUCUUGACCGCUGUCCAAAUCGACGACAUGGUCGACGCCAGAUACUCUGCAACCACGGAUGAAGGCCAUUACUUCCUCAGCAAGGAGGGCGCACUGGGCCUGGAGCGACUACGAAAGAAAGCAUCACUCCAAUGCGAAGCCUGA